GGCCCUGCGAUCUGCCUUGAGCAACUCGGACACCUGCGACUGAGAGCUGGGAAGCUGCAACCCGCGACGCGACUGAACCUUACCUUUUCCGAUAUCUUGCACGACCAACGGCGAUUGCGCCCGCAGCCAUGGAAGCGAGCGCGCCGCAUCCAGAGCCCGACUCCAGGAACAGCUUGCGACACAUUCUCGCAGCAGACCCCAGCAUGGACGACGUAAAGCACUCGCCUUCAGCAGCAAACACGCCGGGCCCUGAUGACAGCGAAGCUGCAGCGCAGUCGCAGGACGGCUCCAAGACAGCCACCGACCCUGAUGCCACACCACACUACACAGCCACCACCACCACAACACGGCGCAAUGCCAACGGCAGCGUAUCGUCCGUCUACAGCGGGAACAAGAUCAAACACUUGAAGAAGGACGAUGGCAUACCGCUAUGGCGCAAGGAUAUCCAGUACGACUUCCUCAAGCUCGUCUUCGAGGACGACACACGCGCAUUCACCAAGCAGUCAGACAAGUCGGGCGGCCACUCGUUCGCGGACAUCUACCUCGAUGCCAUGGCGAAGAGUAGCAAGUGCAGCAAGAUCCUCAAGGACAAGCUGCUGACAGAGCGCCUGGCCGCCAUCAACAUGGCCAUGGUGUGUCUGCUGGUCAACGUGGGGCGCAUGAAUACUACUCUCAACUUCUUCCCUGAGAUGCGAGCACAACUGCGAACGUACCACUCGAUCCCCUCCCUCCAAGCCCACCAAGACCCAAACGCCUACAAGCAGCUGCAGGACGCACCGCGGCUGAAGUCAAUACUCAAGGGCGCGACUGAAGACCAAGAGCAGCCUAGCACGAUCGAAGAGAUCAUGGCAGCGCCUGUACCACGGACGAACCCAGUCAAUCUGAUCUUCGUACUUAGUCAGUAUGCGCCCAAGAUCUCAGAGCUACACUUCUUCCCGCCGCGCGACUUCUUCGACCUCGUUAUGCGAUCGAACUUGAGCAGCAGAAGCAGGGCAACUGCCUUCCUGUGGCUCAUGUGGUGGUAUCUCGAGAGUGACUUCUCCAAGAAGGCUGCAGAAGAGAAUCCGUUUGGACCAGGUCAAUUUGGUCCGACCGACGAUCCAGCAACAGCCGAGUUCCCUAUCAAGUGCCCGGCGUUUGACUUCCUGACCUCCGAGCAAGAGCUUGCAGAGAACGUGGACACCAACGAUGAGAAGAACUUUGGCGAAAUCAAGCGCAAGGAGAGGAUAGCUAUACUGGCAAGUGACAUGGCUCCUGUCGUGACGGGACCAAAGAGGACAAACAAGAAGGUCUUCAACCAGAACCCUGUGUUCUCUGUCGUAGCAGACGAUGGCGCCUCGACUCCUGGCAGAGACAGACAAUCUACCCCAAAUGGAUCUGUCAAAGGUCGUGGGAAGCUCAACAAGUCGAUCGCCGAGCGAGAUUACCCGUCAGAUACAGACCGCACACGUUCAGUCUCACCGUCCGCUAAAGCUACACCAAACAUGCGAAUCAACACCCUUCUCAACGACGAUGCGCCAAUGUCCACGCCAGCUCCUAACAAAGGCCCUGCUCGUGGUAAUUGGUCGCGAGCAAAGACUGGCACAGGAGGGCCACGCAGCUUCCGCUCAAAGUUGGAUACGAACGCUUCUCAAGAUGGGCAGUCGCCUUCAGGCAAUGCACCCACAUUCUCCGGACCACAUGGCUUCUAUCUACCUCUGAACGGAUCAGAUCCAGCACACAAGCGCACUCGCCCUCUCACCCAACACCAGCUUGCUGUCGAGCAGUAUCGUCGGCGACGUGUCGAUGUGAUUCUCGAUCGUGGCCUACGCGUUGAGUACAAGGCCGCUUCAAGGCGUCGCCGCAAGGCAAACCCAUUCAUGCGCGCCUGGAUUCGAUGCAAAGGCAUGGCAGAUGGAUACGACACCGACGAAGAGAACAACGAUCACAGUCAUAAUGGCGACGAGCAUGGCGCCAGCACCCCACCACCCAUGCCUGCUGGUCUCGUGCCUCUCAACUUCGGCGGUGAAGUCAAUGACCACGGCGAGGAGGCCUACUACCGUGCCAAGAUGGUGGGGAGAGCACUUCGCCGCCUCGAUCGCUGGGAGAACGGCAAGAGUGGGUCUAGCUCGAGAACACGAGGGCAGCGCUAUGUUGAGGAUAUGGAUGAGAGGACCGAAGAUGAGGACGAAGACAUGAUGGAUGCCGAAGAAGAGAGGAGGGAUGAUAUGGACUCUGAUGAGGAUGAUGAAGACAUGGAACGGUACGAACCGAAUCCUAAUGCGCCACCACUGCUGUCGAAAGUGGGCGUCUAGGAUGUGUUUCGAUGUUUGCGGUGAGCAUUGGCGUUCAGGAGUCUGUAACAAGGGAGGCUGCAGAAGUUCUGUGAAUACGGCAUGCGCGUUAGGCUUUGAUGAGCUGUUGUCGAACGGUACCUCGGUGCCAAGAUGGCGAUAGUGAUGCCUAAAGACAAUCGAUUUUUACAUGCAGUCCGUUGGGCCAGGUGUGUAUUGUGCCGUCUGCCACAAAUUGAGUGUGAUGACACGAUGAUUUGGGAGGUGCACCUUCUCGCCUGGUUCGUCCAAAGCAGAAGAAAGACUUGUGCAGCACCAGGCCAUCACGUCGAGUGCCGUUGUUCUGGUGCCUGCUCCUGGUGGAGUAGGGCGUGGAUCUUACAGCAGUUUCUAGUAGCUUGCGAGCUUCGUUUGCUGUACCGCCAACGAUCUUUCUUCUGAAAGAUGAUACUGCCAACCCUGCGAUUGCUGAUGGGUAUGUAUCGUUCUUUGCAUAUAUACUUCUGC